AAUUUCUGCCACCAGCUUAGCGUGAGAGCCGGGACAGUGAGGGAGACGAACAAAAUCCCCGAGAGAUUCACACACACAUAUACACAGAGGAGCGUCUCGAAGAACUUGAAACCCUAACCCGCUUGAUUGAUUUCGAUUGGGUAUAGGGUUGGGGAUUUGGUUUUCCACGCAAUUUAACAUCGAAUUGAAUCCCUAGGAAGCGCAAAAAAAAAAAAAAAAUGGCAUUAAGAUUUGCUCGGAGCUGCAUCCAGUCGGUGCUGAAGAUCGUGAACUCGCUAUUAGGGAUGGUUGGGAUCGCCAUGAUCAUGUACGCCCUUUGGAUGUUCAGAGUUUGGCAGAAGCACAUGGCCGGCCCCUCUCCUCCCCCCUUCUUUGGACCCAGUGAUGCCCCUAUCCCUUGGUUCAUUUAUACUAUUCUUGGCCUGGGUAUCACUUUAUGUUUCAUCACCUGCUCUGGUCAUAUUGCUGCAGAAACUGCUAAUGGCUGCUGUCUGUAUAUCUACAUCGUGUUUGUCUUUCUACUUCUCGUGUUGGAAGCUGCAGUGACGGUGGAUGUUUUCUUAAACAAUGACUGGGAAGAGGACUUUCCCGAGGAUACAACCGGGAACUUCGAUGAUCUCAAAAGUUUUGUUAAUGACAACUUUGACCUGUGCAAAUGGAUUGGCUUGUCAGUGGUGGCCGUGCAGGGACUGAGCGUGUUACUGUCAAUGGUUCUCAAAGCUUUGGGACCACAUCGCGAGAGAUACUAUGAGAGUGAUGAUGAUUACACUCCAGAUGGAGCCCCGCUUUUGAAAAACUACGUCCCCCAAACUUCAUACGUUGUUGGUGACCCCGUAUAUGGGUCCAAGAGCGAUUCUUGGAAUAUCCGGAUUAACAGCAAGGCAGCCAGAUGAGCAAAAUCUUCUCUAGAUUAUGGAGAAUUCAGAUUGGCGCCGAACUUGUACAAGGUUGGAGAUGGAUAUUAGCAGGCUUUCGAUUUGGUCGUAGGAUUCAUGUAAUAUAUAUGCAGUUAAUGUAUAUUCUCCCCAUCCACUAAACCUUUUAUUUUGGUCUAUGUUGUCACUGCAAAUGACAUGUAAGUCUUAUGAAGAUAAUAUGUAGAUCUACAUUCUACAAAUGCCGCUUCUUGUUUGGCAAUUGUUAUAAUGCCAGAUUUUUGUUCAAUA